UUCACAUCGCAGCCAGAUCGGGGCUGUCAGUACCUGCUCCCUCUCCCAAACCCUCCUCGUCUUCUUCACCCCGUCCUCCGCCUCUCCGCCACCACCACCGCCCGCCGCGCCGCCGCCAAUGGCGCGGAAAGCUGGGAAGAAGAAAGGCGGAAGCAAACCCAAACCCAAAAACAGAACAAAAACCCCACCUUCCUCUACCUUGCCCACCUCGAUUCCCCCGCCACAGCCACAGGAGCCGAAGGCGGCGCCGGAGGCGAUCGACGUCCUCAACGGGGCCGUCCUCCGCAACGUCCUCCGCCGCCUCCCCCUCGUCGACCUCCUCCGCGCCGCCCUCGCCUGCCACCGCUGGCGCCGCGUCGCCGCCCGCUGCCUGCCCCGCGCGCCGCCCCUCCUCGGCUACUUCUUCCACCCCGUCCAACCCCCUCCCCACCCGCCCACCAAGAACACCGACCGAGCCCACCACGACGCCGUCUUCGCCCCCCUCGGCGCCUCCUCCCCGCUCCACUGCCUCAACUUCGCCCCGGACGCCUCCCGCUACAAGCUCUACGACUGCCACCAGGGCCUCCUCCUCCUCGAGCCCACCGCGCCAACCCCCAAGGGCGCCCUCCCUCGCCUCCUCGUCGCCGACCCGGCCACGCGCCGCCACGCGCUGCUCCCGCCGCCGCCGCGCCGCGCGGUGCCCGACGACCGCCGCUGGCGCCCCUCCAGGCACUACGUCGGCUCCGCGCUCCUCUCCCGCGCGCACCCGAGCAGGCUCCGCUUCGAGGCCGUCUGCUUCGCCGUCGAGGACGACGGGCGCCCGCGCGCCUGGGUCGCGUCCGUCGACGACGGCGGCCAGUGCCGCUGGCGCGCGCUCCCGCGGGACGCGGCCGUCCAGGUCGACUUCGACCCCAAGCUGCUCAAGGGCCGCUGCGUGCACGCCGCCGGCAGCCUCUACUGGCACAUCUGCAACUCCGGCCGCGUGCUGGCGCUGGACGCUGCCACGCUGCGCUUCUCCUACCUGCUCGCGCCGGCCGUGCUGGGGGACCGUUUCGGCAAGUACCGCGUCGGGGAGACGCCUGACGACGGGCGGCUCUGCAUCGCGACCGUGGAGAACCAGGUGAUGCAGCUCUGGGUGCGCGGGGAGGAGACCAGGCCCAGCGACACCGACAAUGGGUGGCAUGUGGAGAAGGAGAUGGAUCUUCACAAGGUGUACGACGCGGUGCCGGGCCUGCCCAGGGACGCGAGGGCCAGGAUGGCGAGCAUCUGGAUCACUGACAUUGAUGCCGGGCGCACAGGGAAGAUAUUCAUCCAGAUGUCGGGCUACGGCCGCUACUCCUUCGAUCUCAAGACUCGCAAGCUGGAGCGCCUGCUGAUGAAAGGUGGCAUGGAGUACGGCGACCCCAUCUACCCCUAUUUGCUCGCAUGGCCGCCUGCCUUCCUUGCUCAGGCGUAAUGGCUUGACGACCUUUCGGGUGGUGAGUGGUGAUUACUUAGAUGAGCUAUGAGCACAUCUUCUGUUCGAAGUCAGCUCACAUCCUUCCAUUUCUGGUUGUCCAUGGAGACUCCGACUACUUACUGUUGCCGCCAAGAUAUCUAAGCAUCCCUCUGGAUUAAUAUCUAGAAUAAAAUAUCCUCUGGGUUAUGUGUUGGAGGAAGAGAUGGCAUGCACGCAUGACCUGAUAUCUUCCAGGAGAUCAAGAAUUAGCCUUCAGUUAGCUUUCUUAAUUGGCAUGUACAGUAAUAAAUUUCUUUGGUUUCAAACUCCUGUACUGUUUAUGCUGAUGGCUGCCAAUGCAAACUCAUGUUCGUGAGUUUAUUCGGCUGUGUCGCUGCCAAUCCUGUCAUAGUAUCAGUAUGUUGUCCUGAAGACAGCGAUAAGCAUCAAAUUCUUCUUAUCUUCCA